AUGUUGGAUUUCUCUGAUCACUUGAAGGAAGCCACUGCCUUACUUCACUCCAACUCCAAGGAAAACAAGUCACUCGGUUACUUCUCUCUGCUUCAGCUCCAGGAGCAAGCAGGGAUGGAUGGUUCCCGGACACAAAUCCUCGCCGAUCGCUUUCAGAGUCUGGUCUCUACGAUCCUCACCGAUAUCUCCAUCGACGAUGAAGAAAUUGCGGCGCAGGCAUUGAAGUGUUUGGGAUUCAUGAUCUACCAUCCCGCCAUCGUAGCUUCAAUUCCAGUUGACAAUGUCAACAUGGUUUUGGAUGGACUGGCCAAAGUCGUGGUGGCAACGAGGGUAAAGUCAGUUUGUAACUUAUGUGUAUGGUGCAUAUCGAUGCAACAAUUCGGUGCAUCUAUCCUUGCUGCGCAUUUUCAUCAACUGUUGCGGGCAGUUGUUCAUGCUCUUGACAAUCCAAACGCAUCGCUGUCUACAACAUUUGAAGCUGUUCAGGCUGUUAUUAAGUUGGUAGAUCAGUUAAGUGCGGAGAUGAGAGAUUCAUCUCACAUUUGGGCUCCUCCUAUAUAUCGAAGACUUGUCAGCGUUGAGAGGCGAGAAAGGAGUAUUGCACUGAUGUCUCUUGUUAAAACUAAAUCUGUGCUAUUACCACCUUCCGAUGCUCUCUCUAAGGGAGUUGUUAGUGAUCUGAAAAGGAGCCUGCUCACAGGCAUGAAUGAUCUUAUGAACCGCAGUAUGAAAGUUGAAACCUUGCAAGCAUGGGACUGGUAUGUGCGCUUCUUGGGGUGUUAUUCUACGAAGAAACGUAAUUUGAUGAAUGUCAUGCUCAAAAUUCCACAGCAGACGUUUACAGAUCACAAUCCCCAAGUCCAGAUUGCUUCACAGGUUGCCUGGGAAGGUCUCGUUGAUGCUCUGAUUAACACUCCGCUCAUAACCUGUGAGAGUAGUAGAGCAUCUGAGAAGGAUACCCAACUAGUGCAAAAAAUAUCUACACUGAGGAGUAGUUUUCAAAUUCUAGCAAGUGGUCUUCUGAAAAGCAUAAAGCUCAUCAUGACACCUCUAAUGGGCAUCAUACUGAGUAAAUGUGACACAAGUGUUCACUCUGCAUGCUUGAACACUUGGUUAUACUUGCUACACAAACUUGAUGUGUGUGUCAACCAUCCGUCAGUGAUAGAGUUGGUAUUAGCUCCCUUUCUUGAAGCAGUAUUCCAAAUGGGCCUUGAUACUACAACUAUUUGUUUAUGGACCACAUGCCUAGAGCUUCUUAAUGAUUUUGUGCUCGUGCAAGUUCCAACAUCUGGGGAAUACGCGUGGAAACAGCAGCCUAUCAAAUGGCAACCAUGGAAUAUUGAUAAACUUGAUUUCUUUCUUAAGGUAGUAAGCAUACUUAUGAGUCAUGAAUCAGCCGCCCUUGAAUAUAGAAAAUCAGCAUGUGAUGGAGCCACAAGGAUAUUCAAAUCUAUUGCAAAAAGGGUCCAGCUGGAGUUUAAUACCUCCUCAAUCACUUUCACCGAUAUCAUGUAUUUUUGGAAUGCAAUGUUGUGCUUCGUGAAGGCUUCAAGUGAAUCCGUAGUCUCAAAAGUUGGUAAUAGUGAUGAAUUAUUCCCUGUGUGUCUUCAGUUUGUGGAGAUCCUCAUUGAAGAAAUACAACCUACUGCAUUGAGAUCUCCUCUAUACAAGGUAGCUCUAGACCUUGCAUACCUUCAGAAUCUGCCAACUCCUCUUAAUGAAAUGCGAGAUUAUUACAAUUUAUUGGAGACAAGCAGCAUUAGUUAUAUGGAAAAAGUUACACCAUUGAUUUAUCUGAUCACGGUGUUUAUGUGCACCGUGAUUCGGUCAACUUCCCGAGAAGAUGAAACAAAACUGGCUCUCCUGAGAGUAGAGAAGUUUUUCAAGAUGGUAUGGCGUGCAUCUGAAUCUUUGCAAGAUAUUUAUGUCCCAUUUUGUUUAUUGCAUAAACAUGGAGCAUAUGGGCGCUUGGGACAGCAGCUAUGGUUUUCCUUAGCUAUAGGCUUCAAAGACUGCAUUGAUAGCAGGCAGAUUUCCCCAUUUGUAACUGAGGAUGAUAAUCAGGAAGUUGGUUAUCGUGUACUUUGCCAUUUCUUAUUAUAUCCAUUCGUUUCUCACUGUCACCCCAAAUCAACUCUUGAGGUAGUCAGUGGCUUUUCUUCACAACAACACAUAACUGAAGUUUGGAAGUCGCUUUAUCUCACACUAUGUACCUCACAGUGUUCCACAAUAAAGGGAAGCAGGCUUUCCGAGGAGUUGUGCUCAAUGCUGAAUAUAUUCAUAGACAAACGUUGUGGAACUAAAGUAGAUUUAAGCAAUGAGGUUCCCCACUUCCAUCUUGUUUCCCUAUGUGGCAAUGCUGUUAUUUGCAUUUCGCAACAUAUCAUUGAUGGUGACUGGAGCAAAAGUGUCCGUGAUCAUGGAACAUCAUAUGGCAUUAGUAAUCGGCUGGGAUUUGCUGCCAGGUUCUUGAAGUUGUCAUGGAAACUGGUGGAGCAGAGCCAACUCGAUGAUCUUUCUCUAGUUUCAAGGGCAAUAUCUGCACUGGCAGAUGCAGCUGCCUCUCUCCAUUCAAAACAAAACGUCCUCUUAUUUAUGGAGAUGAUAAGUUGUCCUAUGCUCCAGUGGCUAUCCCAUGAAAGACUACCCGAUGAAAGUAUCAUGGAUCAACUCAGUCGUCUGUGGGGAGAAAUCCUUAGCUCUUUGCAGAGAAGCCUUCCACCAAUCAGCUUCGAUUCUUCGUUUUUAAACCUUCAGGCGCCCGUCCUACAAAAAACUCUGGACCACCCGGUUUCCUCCAUCUCAAAGCUGACCAUCUCUUUCUGGAAUUCAACUUAUGGUGGGGACAUGAAGCUAGACUACCCUGAGAGCCUACUUGAUCUCUUGGAUAGGUUGUCCAGAAGCAAUAGAAUCCACCUUGGAAAGAUUCCUCAUCCCUUUCUUUCACGAUGUGAAUCUAGACCGCCAAUGCCACUUAGCAGGUACAACAUAGUUGCAACAAAUAACAGGAACUCAAAAAGAGUAGAGAUAGUGGAGUUCCGGUCAAGCUCAAAGAGAAAGAAACUGGAGCUAACUGAACAUCAGAAAGAAGUGAGACGUGCACAGCAAGGAAGGGAGAUGGAUUGCAAUGGCCAUGGUCCUGGUAUCCGGACUUACACCACAGUUGAUUUCUCUCAGGAGAACGAGGACUCUCAAGAAUCUCAGGAACUGAGGAAUACAGAAUCCAUCCUGGAGUUGUUAAGGAAGAAAUGA